AUGGCAUCGAUCGUAAAUGUUUGCAGUGUACAUGUAUUAAAUAAUCCAUUUGUCAUACAUAUACUUUAUAUGUCCAAUAAAUUUGAUCAAAUACUUGAUUCUAUCCUUGUUGGACCUAUUGUAGAAGGACGGCAUAAAUUUAUUUUCGAGGCGGAUGGCCCUGAUCCAACAAAAAUACCUGAAAGUGAAAUCGUUGGUGUGACAGUGUUGCUGCUUAAGUGCAGAUAUAUGGAGCAAGAAUUUAUUAACAUUGGUUGGUUCGUUGCAACAGAAUAUUCAGAUCCAGAGUUCCAAGAAGAACCUCCUGCAACUCCAGUUUUAGAAAAAUUGCAACGGAAGGUUUGUACUGACGAUGUUCGCGUAACUACCUUCGCUAUUAAAUGGCGCAAAAAUGAAGACACAAGAUUUGGAGAAGGUGAACUGCUAAAUAGUGUAUCGUCUUCUGAGGACAUUGCAUGUGGUCCUCCAGUGAUUAGCAGAAAUGAGGGAACUAACUAUAAAUGUGACUUUGAAAGUUCACGAGCUGGAAAUAAUACAGGUAUCUAA